AUGGGUGUCACAGGUCUUUGGACAGUUGUCCAACCAUGUGCUCGACCCAUUAAGCUUGAGACUUUGAAUAGAAAGCGCCUUGCAAUUGACGCUUCUAUAUGGAUCUAUCAAUUUCUCAAAGCAGUCCGUGAUAAGGAGGGUAACGCGCUCCGCAACUCGCACGUUGUGGGCUUCUUUCGCCGCAUCUGCAAACUGCUCUUUUUCGGUAUCAAGCCUGUAUUUGUCUUCGAUGGCGGGGCACCGGUGCUCAAGAGACAGACUGUCAGCUCGAGAAAGUCGAGAAGAGAGGGUCGUAGGGAAGAUGCUGUCAGGACUGCGGGGAAACUGUUGGCUGUGCAGAUGCAAAGGAGAGCGGAAGAGGAGGAGCAGAGGCGUAAAGAUGAGAGAGACCAACCGAGACAAGACGAAGAAGAGGAGGAAGUACCAGAAAAUCCUGUGUACGUGGAUGAAAUACAGAUGACUGCGCAAGAAAGGCAGCAAAAUCGGGCCUUCAGAAAGAAAGACGCAUAUCAUUUACCAAACCUAGAUGCUGAUUUAUCUGGCAUGGGUGCGCCGAAUGAUCCAAGAAUCAUGAGCCACGAAGAAUUAGAGGAGUACGCCCGCCAGUUUCAUACUGGAGAAGACGUGAAUUUGUAUGACUUCAGCAAGAUCGAUUUCGAAGGUCCAUUCUUCCAAAGCCUACCCGCCAGUGAUCGCUACAACAUAUUGAAUGCGGCAAGGUUGCGAUCGAGAUUGAGGAUGGGAUAUAGCAAAGAACAGCUAGAUACAAUGUUUCCCAACCGCAUGGAUUUCUCGAGGUUCCAGAUCGAUAGAGUCAAGGAACGUAACGAGCUGACCCAGCGAUUGAUGAACAUAAACGGUAUGAAUGGCGAAGAGGCCAUGUUUGGCGUAGAUCAAGGUGGACGGGUGGCUGGCGAGAAGGGUAAAGAGUAUGUGCUUGUGAAGAACGAUGGGGUGGAAGGCGGCUGGGCCCUCGGUGUUGUCAGCAACAAGGGGGAAGGCGAAAGGAGCAAGCCUAUUGACGUGGAUGUCUCAACGCAAAGAGAUCCGAAACAGGAUGAAAAUGAAGAGGAAUGGGAAGCCGAUGGUUUUGAAGAUGUGCCCAUUGAAGGGUUGAACAGAUUAUCAAAGAGACAAGCGAGACAGGCCCCUGAAGAGAAUUUACUCUUCAGUUCUGAAGAAGCUGCUGCACGUAGACGCAAACUUUAUGGAGCUAGGAUGAAGAAUGCAAGGCCGAUGAGCAGAGAUCAAGAUGAGCGUAUUGUGCCUGAAGAAUCUGAUUCUCUAUUCAUUCCACAAGCAGAACAACGUGAUGAAGAUGACGAGGAAAUUGAUGAGCUUUUCGAAGAUGUUCCAGCGCCUGCCGUUGAGGGAGAAGACGAUGAUCUGAAUCGUGCAAUUGCGAUGUCCUUGGAGAACGAUCAAGCCGAUAAAUCUGAUGAAGAACAAGAACUACCGAGCUUUGCCUCUACAGUAAAGUCAGGUCCACGAACAGAUCAACUUCUUGAGUUCAACCAGAAGAACGCCAGCGCGGGUCGAGAUUUUGCUCAUCUUGCAAAUGCUCGAGCUCAUGGACUUGCACCGAAAGCGGCCGAGGAUGAAAGCGACGAAGAUGAUUUUAACAUUCGAGCUGGCCUGACCGAGGCGAGAAAUGGCAAGCACAGACCCCAGACUGGUCCUAGGGUGCACGGUUUCAAGCGUCCAGAGCCGAGUAAGAACCUAGAACAGUCACCAUCUGGCUUGAGAAGGGGCGAAGAUGCACCAAGUGCUUCCAAUGAGUCUACAGCAAACUUGAAUGGCUUUGAUGGGCCGCUACCAUUCGAAUCGCUAAGUCUAGGUAAAUCAAUUCUAGGUAAGAAGAAGAAGAAGCCUGCAGACAAAGCUCAAGGUGGCUUUGAGAAAGAUAGUAUGUCUGAAGAGAAGGCUCCGAAACCAUUACCGCCUUGGUUUUCUGGCGACAUACGAAAGGAAACAGCGAAACAAGAUGCGCUGGAGGAACAGGAGUUUCAGAAAGAGGAUGCUAGUCCACAAAGGAACACUGCAGUAGAUCUCCCGGUCUUAAGACACCAAGAGACUGGAGAGAUCAUCGACCUUGAUCAUCCUCAGGGCCAGAACGACGAGGUAGUCCUAGUUCCAUCGGACGACGAAGAUGGCUCGGAUGAUAUGUUCAUGGGCGAAAGCAGACCUAUUCAGGAAGACUUAAUUAUGGACGAUAUUGCUGAUCUGACGUGUAUAGAACCACCAAUUACAUACGUAGGUGCACACAAGCCUCCUCCACCUGCAUCGCCCAUUGAAACAGCCAUUGAUAGACAAACAAUCGAUAGAUCAGAUGCUGGUAGCACACCGGCCGAGGAUACGAGUGCCAGGAAAGGUCCUUCAGAAUCUCUUGUGCCGUCUCCCAGAGAAAAGGCUCCUGGAUCAGACCAUGGAGAUGACGAUGUUGAUCAAUCGCCUAUCGACUGGUCUGAGAGUGAUCAUGAGACUGAGCAGCCCAGAAAGCAAAAUCUCAAGACCUCCGAAGAGCCAGCCGGUGGCACGCUGGAACAGAAGGUCAAUGAUCCGUCGAAAUCUUCCUCACUUGAGCUUGCGGAUCAAGGCGUGAAUGAAGUGGACAGUCAGCCAAGCGAUAGAGCUGAAUCUACUUUUCAAGACGCUGAUGUUGAUCAAUCCAGGCCUGCUUUAAUUAAGGAGGAAUCCAUGACGAUCCCAACCUUUGAGGGUCUAGAUGCUACCGCAGAUGAUGACGACUACUCUGAUCCUGAAGACGAAGAUCUGAUGCGGCAGCUUGCUGGGGAGGCCGAGGAGCACGCCAGAUUUGCUUCGGAGUUGAACCAAAAGACAUUCUUGCAGAACGCUGAAGACUAUGAGCGCGAGCUCCGCCAGCUUCGCAAUCAACAGAAGAAAGACCGAAGAGACGCUGACGAAGUAUCGCACAUCAUGGUCACAGAAUGCCAGCAACUUCUCAAGCUUUUCGGCCUACCCUACAUCACUGCUCCUAUGGAAGCCGAAGCACAAUGUGCCACAUUAGUCUCCUUAGGUCUCGUCGACGGCAUCGUAACCGAUGACUCCGACAUCUUCCUCUUCGGCGGCACCCGCGUCUAUAAAAACAUGUUCAACCAAGCCAAAUUCGUCGAAUGCUACCUCUCCACCGAUCUCGAAAAAGAAUACAGCCUCACUAGAGAUAAGCUCAUCCGCUUCGCCCACCUCCUGGGCAGCGAUUACACCGAAGGCCUCCCCAACGUCGGCCCCGUCACAGCCCUCGAAAUCCUCUCUGAAUUCGAAACGCUCGAGAAUUUUGCGGAAUGGUGGGCCGCCGUGCAGAUGACCCAACGGCCUGCCGAAGAAGACAAGGGCAGCGCUUUUCGCCGGAAAUUCAGGAAGAACGCGUCUAAGAUCUUCCUGCCAAACACAUUCCCUGACACGCGCGUCGAUCAGGCUUAUCUCUAUCCCGAAGUCGAUAAAGAUCCUCAGCCCUUUCAGUGGGGAGCUCCUGAUCUUGACGCGUUGAGAAAUUUCCUGAUGGCUACGAUCGGAUGGGGCCAGGAGCGUACAGAUGAGGUUCUUGUGCCGGUCAUCAAAGAUAUCAAUCGUAGAGAGAAUGAAGGGACGCAAGCGAACAUCACGCAAUUCUUUGGCGGCGGGGUGGGUGUGGGCGCGAGGCAGAAUGUGAAUACUGGUGGUGGGGGCGGAGGACAGGCGUUUGCGCCAAGGAAGAAGGUCGGAGGGAAGAGUAAGAGGAUGGAGAGUGCGUUGGAGAGUUUGGCUGGUAGAGCUAAGGGAAGGGCUGCGGGGGAUGGUGAUGGUGAUGGUGAUGGUGGAAGUGCGAAGGGGGGUGAGGAUGGGGUGGUGGGGUCGAAGCGUGCUGCUGAAAGGGGGAAUGGCAGUGGUGGUGGCAGGAAGAAGAGGAAAGCGAGGGCGGAGAAGCGGGUGGUGACAAGUGAUGAGGAGAAUGAGGAGAAUAUGGAGAUUGGGUCUGAUGAUGAGGACACAGAUGGUGGUGCUGCAUAUAAAGCCCCUGCGAGAACGAAGAGGGGCAGACUGAAGGCUUCUUAA